ACCAACCACCUAGCAUACCUGUGGCUUUGUUUUCUUGUGCCACACCGUGUGACUUUUAGAUCAAUCACGUACUAAUUCAUUAAUGCACAACAAAUUUCAUAUUAGGAUAACCAGAUGGGACAAAUAAUUUGUAACCACUAGCGUCUCUGUGCGCGGCAUGCAUGUGGUGGUGUGCACUUGCACCAAACAAUGCUUUCAAGUGUCAUCUGGACUUUGUAGGGAACACCGUGCAUGCUGUGCUGCAACCAUCCCACGUUACCUAUGAGAUGUCAUCGCAGACCUGGCGUCUACAAUGACAGCGAACGGGACCAUGGAGCAAAAUGCCACCGGCCACGUUGGGGGAUUUGCGGGAGCAUGCGGCGAGAAUCUCAUUGACUCUCUUUUUCGUUCAUCACAACAACAAAUUAUCCAGAUAACUGGUAAUGAAGACGAUGCAUGCACCAAGGUCCUUGCAAAGGAAGUGCAAGUAUUUGCCAGCCCCUUACAUGAUGGAGCUAGCAGUAGUAAGAUGAAAAUCAAGAACAUUGUUGACUAUGGAUGGGAACAUAAGUACAGUGUGGGACAGCUGAUAUGUCUCCACUUCGAAGGAACCUAUGUGGCAUAUGCAAUAAGAGCUGCAACAUCUCCAUCUGGUGCUGUAAGAGUGUUGAAUCACAAAACAGGUGAACGAACCCUUAUCAAAGGCUUGCGGGGUCUGGUUCGAGAUAUGGCAUUCGCUCGAUCUGUCACACGUGUUCUACUAGCUAUAGUAGAUGAGUAUGGCACUCUGUAUGUAUACGAGAUACAUGACGAAAGCGGCACGCUCACUCCUGAACGACUGCUGCAAGUAGACAGGCCCUCGGACACGUCUCCCAGUGAUUACCACCGUGUUGUAUGGUGUGCCUAUGUCCCAGAUGAAGGCUGUCAUGCAACUGAUACUGAUGAAGAUGCUUCCCGCCUUCUUGUUGUCACUAUGGAAGAAGAGGCUGAGGUUUGGAAUAUCGGCACUGUGAUCAAAGAGUAUGGGCGUGGAAGCCUCACCGUCGAUAAGGUGCACAUGGGACUUCAGAGGAUUACAGAACAUAAAAAGCCUAUAGCCGAUGCUGCUUUUGCCCCUGAUGGUACAGCUCUUGCCACAGCCAGCUGUGAUGGAGAGGUCAUAUUUUUUCAAGUGUACACCCAAGAAGCUGACGUAACACCUAGGUGCUUGCAUCGGUGGGUGCCUCACAAUAACAAGCCACUUUCUUGCCUCUUCUUCCUUGACAAUCUGAAGACAUGUACACAGGACACGCAAUUCUGGAAAUAUGCCAUGACUGGUUCUGAGAACAACACUGAGCUCAAACUGUGGAGUUGCGAAAGUUGGGACUGCUUGCAGACAAUACGAUUUUGUGGUCCCGUUGGAGAUACUGCACAAGCUCCUGCUUUAAAGGCAAAGAUUGACUUGACAGCAAACUAUAUUGUCCUGUCAGACAUCAACAACAAGGUUGUGUACAUUUUGCAUGUACACCAAGCGCCUAUAACAAUGCAGGCUAAGGUUGUGCUACUUGCUAGCUUUCCUGUGGUAUUGCCUGUCCUCAAUUUUGCUAUCGUGGAAGCAGCUCGAUGCAAGUUCAAACCAUCUACUGAUGCAGAGCACGUGGAGAAACUUGAAAAUGAUGAUAGCAAUGUCGAAAGAGAUGACGACAUCUGUUGUGCAGACAAGCGUGUUGAAGGAGCAUUAGUGAGACUUUUUUGGAUGAACACAAAGUCAUUACAGUCAUGUCACAUUGUCUAUCAAACGCCUCAGAGUCCUUCGAUUGCAUCAGCAGUGUCUCUUAGUACUCUUUCGCAGAACUCACUAGGCUGCACGGACCACCUCUCGGACCUCAGCCUUGACACUGAGGAAUUUGAAAAGACGAAAAGAGAAACCUGGAAAGCUGGAGGCGAAGGCGAUGGCAAGAAAAUGCAAGUCUUUGCAGGAGGCGAAGUACUCCUUACCCCAAGUGAUUUUGCUUCUCCAACACACUCUGGAUCUGUCCUCUCAACUACUGUCCAGACUUCACAGCCACAACCAUCACCAUUAGAUGCAGGGUCACUGGCGCUUUCGCCUUCUGUAAUGACAUCUGCAACUGAAGUCAGCUCAACCCCCUUGUUGAAGUCUACUUCGCCAGCUGAUCCCCUCACUGGUUUAACUUCUAUAGAUGCAUUAGUGCUAGACAUUUCGAGGAAAAGUGACACCACUUCGCCUGUGCCUACCUCAGAAGGCAUAGGGUGCAUGGUACCUGAGAAGCCAUUGGAAGCCCUUCCACGCAAAUUGUCACAACGCAGCACAGCAAGCUCCUCGAGCCAGGAAGUCGCAGAGAUCUUGGCGCCUUCCACACUGCUGACCCAUGAUCAUGUUGGAAAUAGCACUGAGGAGGAAGAGGAGGAGUUAGACGUGGCUGCAGAAUAUGAUUACGCAGCAGAGUCAAACCCUCCUGAGCACAGAAAACUCCCCCUGGUCUCGAAGACACCAGAAUGCCACCUUCCCGAAGAAGCUGUCUGGCCGCAGGCUCUUGAUAAUUCACAAACCUAUCCUCCAGCAACAUCGACUUUGGAGCACCUGAAUAAAUUAUCUGAUAGCUCUACAGAAGGAAGCACUGCAACAGUCAGCUGGCUGGGGAAUGAAGUCUGUCGCCUUCAAGGUUCUCUUGAGGUACAGGGUCAUCAACUGAACAGCCUGACGGAAGCUAUGGAGGCACAGGCUCGACAACUACAGGAGUUACAAUGCAUGCUCCAGGGACUGCCCCAAUGUGUAGUGGAGACACUUUCUGUUGCACAGAGAGAGGCAUCCGGAGAUGAGCAAACUGCUUUGUCUCGUGUUGAGGCUCUCUUUGAGAAGCUUGAGGAUUCACACGCUGUUGUGGCUGAGAAGCAGACCAACGCAGUUGCUCAAACGGUGGCCACCAUGCUUGGGACUCGACUAGACAAAGCUAUUGCUAAUGAGUUUAAAAAUUCUGUAAUGCCAACCAUGACUAAGACGAUGGAAGGAGUGAAGGAAACCACCAGGUAUGAGAUAAGCCGAAGAAUGGAAGCUGCAGAAGCAGCGCUUAAGGAUAAUGUGUCGAAAUUAGUCAAGAGUAAGGGCCUGACUGAUGCAGUAGUGCAAGCAGCCAGCUCAGCAGCCCAGGUUCACAUGCAAGCCACAUGCCGGGAAGUCCUCCAAAAUACGCUGGUACCAACUGUGGACCGUAUCUGCCAGAACCUCUUCCUUCAACUGAAUGAUGCCUUCCAAAGAGGAACGAGGGAUUUCUUGCAUCAGGUUGAACUUCACCUGGAGAAACAGAACAACGAGCGUGGUGCUGAAAUGGUGCGCAGAGUACAGCAGAGCAUAGACCAUUCAAUGCAAGGACUUACAAAAAGCCUGCAAGAGUCCUUGUCCCCUCCUGACCUCAAGGGGGCCAUGGGUAGUGCCAUAUUGUCUCCUCUUCAAGGGCUUCAGAACAGCCUACAGCAGAACAUCACUCAGCAGCUAAAUAGCCAGCAAGAAAAACUGCAAGCCAUGGUUCGGGAUGAAGUGAGAGCAGCACUCAGGGAGUCUGUCACGACGGUAACUGGUGUUGACGGAACAACUGGGCGGUCUCAGGUAACGACACCUGUGCCAUCAUCGGACCCACUGAUGCAACAACAGCAAAUUACACUGCUUCUGCGCCAGGGGCACUACAAUGCAGCAUUCCAGCAGGCGUUAACUGCGGCUGACCUGAAUAUGGUAGUUACAACGUGCGAAAUGGUCAACCCCACCAAGUUGUUCAAUCGCAACCCAUGUCCACUUCAACAGCCAGUGCUACUGUCCCUUAUCCAGCAACUUUGUGCAGACCUUGCCACCAAAACCGACACAAAGUUGAGUUAUCUGGAAGAAGCAGUUAUGAAUUUGGACAAGGCUAAUCCUGUAACCCAGGAGCACUUGGGCAGCAUUCUACAGCUUCUUAGCAAGAAGUUGACUGCAUUCCUACACAGCCAUCCUACUCACAAGCUGGCUCGAAAUGCAAAAAUGCUAUGCAUGGCUACCCAAUCGCUGCUGAACAGCUGAACUUACCUGCAACAAGAAAAUUUAGUUGCACUGUUCUCUUCUUUUUUGUCAGCUUUUUGCCCAUACGGGAGUUAAUUUUUGUGAACAGGGGAGUGUGUAUUUACAUUAUCUGGUAGUGCAUUUCCUACGUGAACCCCAGAGUCAAGAAUUGUGUGCUAAUUUUCUGUAGUCGGAGAAUGUGAAAUAACAGUGGGAAGACAGCAUGCCUGUAUUUUACCUCAUUUGCAAUCAGUGUCAUGUGUGGAAUGAACCCAUAAUACCCUGUUGUGGUUUUCAUCAAGUUUGCUGAGUCUUUUACACGUCAUUUUCAGUUUUUGUAUUUGCAGUGGCAAAUAGGAGCCACUCUUUUGUUGAUGGAUCAAGUCACUAUUGACUGUUAAUAAAGAUUUUAUCAUAUGUAGGGCUGUAGCACAAGUGUGUACCAAAAGAUAUACAAGAAAUUGAACAAAGCAUUUUAAUUUGUGCACUACAGUA